AUGAAUAAAACAUACUUCAUUAUUUUACUUGUAUUUUUUUUCAUUAUAUAUAUUAAAAAAAUUCAUGGUUGUGAUCCUGAUGGCAGCCCGUGUCAUAAUCGUUCAGUUUAUACAUGUGGUGCUCAGGUUAUAAGGGCCAAUUUGUUACCAAAUUCUGUACUUGAUAUGACAGUUCAAUCUCCUGAUCUGCAUAACAAUUUGGGAGUAUCAGCAAUAGGCCACUUUACUAUGCACAUUGAUAAUGGCGGUGGGUAUAGAUUUCUUCAUAAACCUGAAUGGGUUAAUAAUUGUUAUUGUGAUCGUUGCGAAAAUAUACCUGUGAAUUACACAUUCGAAAAGGAAUUUGAUUUACCAACACCUCCAAGAGGAACUUGGUUCGAUAUUUGGAUUACAAUAUAUUGGUCAUGUUUAGACACCGGAAUUACUCUUUCUUGUGCUUUUGAAAAUGUACACUAUCGAGGUUAUGUCAAGUAG